UAAGUAGUUAAAAACAUUUAUUGCUUACUUAGAUUCUUUUUCACUUUUAUUGGCUAUAAAGUGUUGAAACCAACUAUUGCCCUUCAUACAAACACCCUUACUUUUUUUUUUUUUUUUUUUUUUUUUUCCCUCUACCUUAUCACCAACUAUGGCUGAUCAAGUUAAACCCAACUCAAAAAUUCCAAUAAUUUCUUCAAAUGAUACAAAAAAUUUCCAACCAUCAAUUAAACUCAAGUAUGUUAAGCUAGGCUACCAUUAUCUCAUCUCAAACGCGGUAUACCUGGUUGUCGUAACAUUCCUAGCCAUAUUAUCAUCCGCUCCAUUGUCAGCCCUAGUUACAACCCAAAACUUGGAUCAUCUUUGGAACCUCUUAAAACUUAACCUUUUCACAGUAGCUUUGUGUCUUUCUAUAUUAGUCUUUUUAGGCACGGUACACAUUAAGAGUCGCCCUAAGACGGUCUAUCUAGUCGAUUUUGCGUGUUGUAAACCCGAGUCAUCACGUAAAGCCACUAAGGUAACGUGCAUGGAGAGAAUUGUCAAAUAUGGUACGUUCACUAAUGAAAACAUUGAGUUUCAAAGGAAGAUUUUCGAGAGGUCCGGUGUUGGAGAUGAGACUUAUUUACCAGAUUCCGUUAUUACGAUCCCUCCUAAGCCGACCUUAGCCGAGGCUAGGAAGGAAACGGAGAAGCUCAUGUUUGAUGCUAUUGAUGAGCUUCUUGCAAAGACAGGGAUUUUGACUAAGGAAAUUGGGAUACUAAUUGUGAAUUGUAGUGUGUUUACGCCUUUGCCCUCGCUUUCGGCCAUGAUCGUUAAUCGUUACAAGCUUAGAGGUAACAUUAUAACGUACAAUCUUGGUGGAAUGGGGUGCAGUGCUGGUCUAAUUUCCAUGGAUCUUGCUAAAGAUCUAUUGCAGGUGCAUCCAAAUUCGUAUGCAAUGGUAGUAAGCAUGGAGAGCAUAACACAAAAUUGGUAUUGUGGUAACAACCGUUCAAUGCUCAUCCCAAACUGCCUUUUCCGAAUGGGCAGUGCCGCGAUCCUCCUCUCAAACAAGGCCAAUGAUCGUAGUCGAUCAAAGUACCGACUUGUUCACGUUGUACGCACACACAAAGGUGCAGAUGACAAGAGCUACAAAUGCGCCUACCAGCAAGAAGACGAACAAGGAUAUUGCGGUGUUGCCCUGUCUAAGGACUUAAUGGCCGUAGCAGGGGAGGCUUUAAAGACAAACAUCACCACUUUAGGACCUUUAGUCCUUCCCUUUUCGGAACAACUACUAUUUUUAGCCACAUUAGUGGCAAAAAAGGUGUUACGGUUGCACAAGAUUAAGCCGUAUAUACCGGAUUUUAAGCUAGCUUUCGAGCAUUUCUGCAUCCAUGCUGGAGGAAGGGCAGUACUCGAUGAACUUGAGAAGAAUCUCGAGCUUACUCCCUUGCAUAUGGAGCCAUCUAGGAUGACUCUUUACAGGUUUGGGAACACGUCUAGUAGCUCGUUGUGGUACGAGCUUGCCUACCUCGAGGCUAAGGGAAGAAUUCGAAAGGGUGACAGGAUUUGGCAGAUUGGUUUCGGAUCAGGAUUUAAGUGUAAUAGCGCGAUUUGGCAUGCUUUACGUAGCAUUGAUGCUGCUAAGGAGAAGAACCCUUGGAGUGAUGAGAUCGAUAACUUUCCAGUUCAUGUACCUCGAGUAGCAGCUGUUGAUGUGCAAACUAAGGGAUGAUGAAUUGAUGAGUUUAUGCUACCAAUUCAAUUAACUACUUAUGUAAAAUAUUUGCUGUUUAUCUUCGAUUUCUUGCAAUAGUUUCUCUUUUUCUAUGAUGUUAACCAAAAAUGGGGGAUGUGUUCAAAAUGAUCCAUGUAUUCUAUAAAAAUUAAAUUUGCAU